AUGGAUGACUGGAAACCACUUCUUGUUCUUCUGUUUGUUUCCACCUUCUGCUCUACAGAUGCACAGCAGACUGUCAGUGUGUACACCUCCACUAGUUUUUCCUCAAUGAAGAGAAAAAGUUGGGGGUUAGAGACUAUGCUGUCAAAACAAUAUGCUGAUGUUAUUUUCCUUGUUGACUCCACUAAAAACAUGAGCCUUUCAACCUUUGGGAAAAUAAAACAUUUAGUAUCCCAAAUAGUCAAACAGCUAGAUGUUGGGCUUAAUAAGUAUAGGAUUGGCCUAGUCCAGUUUAGUGGCAUAGGAUAGGUGGAGUUUUUAUGGAACACUGAAAAUAACGAGGUGUUUGACCACAUUUAGCAGAGCAUUGCAUUCACUGUAGGCUCAUUGAAGACUGGAGGUGUGAUGAAGUUUUUGCAGGAAGGCAUUUUCAUGGAUGGUGCUGGAAGAUGGCUCAGUGAAGGCACUCCACAGGUUGUAGUAGUCCUCACACCUGAAUCCAGACACAGUAUCAUGGAGGCAACCUACGUGGAAGAAAAGAUGAAUCUCCUCUAGUACGAAUUCCUAGAUUAUGAAGGGGAGAGCAUUGAUCUGCUCUGGAAAAACAUUGGCAGUGAUAUAGAAGCCUCACUUCAGAAGCUUUAUGACCUUCAUCCAAGUGUGCCAGCAGCUCUUGCAAAUACUGUGUUACUUGUGGAUAAAUCCAUCAAAAUUAGGUCGAAAAACUUCCAGCUGAUAAGGGCCUUUCUGUUAAAAAUUGUUAAUGCCCUAGAUCAGGGGUCCUCAAACUAUGGCCCGCGGGCCAGAUACGGCCCCCUAGGGUCCUCAAUCUGGCCCACCAAUAUUGGUCCAAGUAAUGUAAGAAUUGGGCUAGUGUUUUACAGUAGUGAGCAGAAGCUAGAGUUCACACUGAACACAUUCAAGGAUAAAUUGGAAAUCCUGAAUUACUUGAAGAACUUAUCUGGUGUUAUAGACCUGCAUUCAAAAAUUCCUUUCACCAGGAUCCUUGUUCCCACUGGUGAACCAACUGUACCAUUGGAUAGAGCUAAUCUUCCCAUGGCUAUAAAAGCUUUGAAAGGAGAUGGAAUCAACUUAACUGCUCUUGGAGUGAACAAAGCAAGCAGAACAGAACUUGAAAAGAUGAUCGGGUCAAGAUUGCUCUUUGCAGAGAGUUAUGAUGCACUGACAAUAAAAAGCAGUCAAGUGACAGAUCUGGUAUUCCUGAUAGGAUCAGAAGGCAUAUCAAAAAGUAAUUUUUCUGUCAUGAAGACCUUCAUGAUGGAAGUUGUGGACAGCUUUGUUAUUUCUAGGGAUAAAGUAUAUGUUGGAAUAGUCCAGUACAACCAAGAGCCCCAGAAAGAAUUUUCUCUUAGUGAGUUCUAUACUGAUACUAUGAUAAAGGAACAGAGCAACAGAAUCGAGCAAUUGCGGUCCUCUGUGUUCACUGCCAAAGGGCUGAGGCUUGUCCUGAGCCUUUUUCAACCUGCUAAUGGAGGCUGCAAGAGCCAAGAAGUCUCACAGAACCUUGUAGUGAUUACAGGUGGGUACUCAUCUGACAAGGUGAAGGAUGCAGCAUCAGUGGCUUUGCGAAGCAAUGGGAUCUGUGUCUUUGCAGUUGACAUAGGGAUUAUAAACUUCUUUGAGCUGCUUUUAAUAGCUGGUGAUGCAAGAAGAACGUUCACAGUGGAAAACUUUGACAUUGAGAGGAGUAUUGUUAAUCAGGUCUGUGAAUCCAAAGAUCUUCCUAGCCAGGAUUGUGAUAUAGAUCUUUCUAUAGCAAUUGAUAUUUCAAAGCACAUACAUCCAGCAUCCACAGUGCUUCUGAAACAGAAAUUGCAAGAAUUCCUCACCAAGCUUUUACUCCAGAUGAAAUCGCUGCCAAAUACCAGCUGUAAUGCUGGAUCUCCAGUCAACAUUAGAUUCAAGUUCCAGGUGUUGUCACAGACCAAACAAUUCAUCUUUGACUCUGAUUUUGAAGACUAUAAUGAAGAGGUCAUCCAGAAGUUCUUAGAUGCACAGACCACUGUGGACACCUACCUGAAUGCAGACUUCUUACAGGCACUUGUGGAGAAGUUCUUCAGUGUGACCUCUGCUAAAGUGAAGGUUCUGUUAGUAUUUUCAGAUGGGCUGGACGAUUCACUGGAAGAUCUCAGAAAAACAGCUGACUCCCUUCGCUUUAAAGGUCUUGAUGCACUUCUAUUAGUUGGCCUGGACAAUACACAGAAUUUGACUGAACUUCAGGAAAUAGAGUUUGGCAGAGGGUUUGGAUACAACAAACCUCUGAGUGUUGGGUUUGCACAGAUUGCAAAUAUCUUGCAGAGAAACCUUGAUACUGUAGCAGAAAGGAAAUGCUGUAUGGUUGUUUGUAAAUGCCUUGGAGAAAAUGGUGAUCGUGGUGGUCAGGGAAGUCCUGGGAGAAAGGGAAGUAUGGGUUACACAGGAUCUCCUGGCCAUCCUGGUGAGGAAGGUGGGAUUGGGGAGAGAGGCCCAACUGGUUUCAAUGGGACCCAAGGAGACAGGGGAUGUCCAGGCGACAGAGGCCAUAAGGGGGCCAGAGGCUAUAGAGGAAGUCAGGGCGAACAUGGUGAGAGUGGAUUUGAUGGCACAGAUGGAGAGCAGGGAGAACACGGAUUUCCUGGACCUUCUGGAGAGAAAGGCAACACAGGAAAACGGGGCAGAAAAGGCACCAGAGGAGAGCCAGGUGAACGAGGAGAAUCUGGUUUAAGAGGAGAUCAUGGAGAUCCUGGGACUAGCAAUAGUGUUCCUGGUCCUAAGGGUGAAAAGGGGAACCCAGCACGACAGGGAGACCCAGGACCACAUGGACUUCAAGGAGAACAGGGUGAUGCUGGCCCUGAUGGUGCAACAGGUCGAAGAGGCCCUCCAGGUGUAAAGGGUGAGCAAGGACAUCUGGGGGAAGCAGGUUACCCAGGAGACUCUGGUCUUCCAGGCCCACAGGGCCCAAGAGGACCACAAGGGAUGAGAGGACCUCCGGGAACACAAGGCAUGCCAGGCCCUCUGGCUAGUCUGGGGGCCCCAGGUUCACCUGGCUCUGCUGGGAAGUUAGGUGCAAGAGGAGCAAAGGGUGAAGCUGGUGACCCUGGAGAGCAGGGCCCAGUGGGACCUGCUGGACAGAGAGGCAUGCCUGGUAUGGAUGGCAGAGAUGCCUAUGGUCCUGAAGGAAGAAAAGGAGCAAAGGGAGAAUCUGGAUUCACAGGAUACCCUGGUGUAGAGGGAGAAGAUGGAGACCCAGGCAUUCCAGGAGCUGAAGGACCCAAAGGACUUAGGGGUAGAAGAGGUAAUGCUGGUAGACCAGGUUCCUUGGGAGAUCCAGGGGACCAAGGGCCAUCAGGACCUAUGGGUGCCAAGGGACCGAUGGGCACCAUUUUAAUGGAACCUUGUGAACUUGUGAAUUUUACACGAAAAAACUGCCCUUGCUCAUCAGACACAUGUCCAGUUUAUCCAACUGAAGUGGUGUUUGCCUUUGAUAUGUCUGAAGAUGUUAUGCCAGCUGCAUUUGAAAGAAUGAGGAACAUUGUUAUAUUAUUGCUGAAGAGCAUUAAGAUCAGUGAAAGCAAUUGCCCAACAGGCGCUCGUGUCUCUGUUGUUUCUUUCAAUACCAAUACACGCUAUCUCAUCCGAUUCUCAGAGUUCAAAAAAAGCAACUUGCUGAUAGAAGCAAUCCAGAGCAUACCGCUAGAGAGAUCCACUGGUAAACGUAAUAUUGGGGCAGCAAUGAGAUUUGUUGCAAGAAAUGUCUUCAAACGUGUUCGUCAGGGCAUCCUCACAAGAAAAGUUGCCCUGUUUUUUGCAAAUGGUCCAUCGCAGGAUGACGUUGCCAUCAGCACAGCUGUACUUGAGUUGAGUGCCUUGGAUAUCACUCCAGUAGUUAUCGCCUUCAGUGAAGUGCCAAAUGUCAGACGUGCCUUCUCAAUUGAUGAUACUAGAAGAUUUCAAUUAUUUGUUUGGGAAAGACAACAGAAUGAAAGUUUGGAGAGCAUCACCUAUUGUACACUUUGCUUUGAUAAAUGCAAACCAAGUACCAACUGUGAGGUGCCUUUUUCUCCCCCUGUUCUGAUGGAUAUGGAUAUCACUUACAUCCUGGACAGCUCUCGCAGCAUCAGCAGUGAAGAUUAUCAGAGAGCCAAAGACUUUGUGAGCAACAUGCUAGAUCAGUUUGUUGUUUCCUCACAGCCAAAUGAAUCAUAUGGAGGCAUCAGAGUUGCACUGGUGCAGCAGGCUCCAAGGGGCUUCCUGCCUGACAGAAACCAGACCCCUGUUGCCUUGGAGUUUGAUCUAGUCACAUACAGCAAUAAAGAUCUGAUGAAGAAACAUAUCCAAGAGUCUGUUCACCAACUGGAAGGGCCAUCAGCCAUUGCAUCUGCCCUACAGUGGACAGUUGAAAACGUAUUCUUUAAAGCCCCCAGACAAAGAAAGCACAGGGUUAUAUUUGCAAUAGUUGGGAGCAAAACAAGCUUGUGGGACAGAGAGAAACUGGGAGAGAUUUCACUUGGAGCCAAGUGCCAAGGAUUCACCUUGUUCACUCUUGCACUUGGCAGUGAUGUCAGUGACAAUCAGCUGAUGGAGCUGUCAAGCUCCCCCACAGACCAGCACUUAGUUAUGUUGAGGGGCAGGGUUUCAACAGCUGAGAUGGUGUACGCUCAGAGGUUCAGCCGAACAUUUCUAAAUCUUCUACAACAACAAAUGAACAGCUAUCCCUCACCUGAACUUCAAGAAGAGUGUGAAAACUUAGAUCAGGGAGACACAGAGCAGCAAGUGUCUAUGAUUGAAAGAGUGCCUUUUUCUGGAACUGAUGAAACUUGUUACAGUCCUGGAUUAGAAGACAUGGAAAGAACUGAAAGUCAAAUCCUGGAGAAUAUUAAAGAGACCACCACUAAAUCUGUAUACACAAUACCAGAAAUGAGAUAUGAUUAUGAAGAGAAUGAGUAUUUUACAGGGGAAGAUGCUGAAGGAAAAAAGCCACAAGAAUAUGGAGAAGCUCAGGAGGAGAACAAAGAAAACUUAGAGGCAACAGUAGAAACUAGAGCUGCCUAUAGUGAUUAUGAUGCAUGUGACCUUGUUCAAGAUAGUGGAGAAUGUCAGAAUUAUGUUCUGAAGUGGUACUACGACAAAGAGCAGAAAAUGUGUGGUCAGUUCUGGUAUGGGGGCUGUGGAGGCAAUAAAAAUAGAUUUGAAACUCAAGAAGAAUGUGGAUUCUUGUGUAUAGAGUUUUCCUAG